CCCGUGCACUGAGUGUAUAUAAUAUGGCGACCUACACCACAUACCCACAACAGACGAUCUACCCAUCCUACAGCACCUCCAACCACCACCCCGCUUCCGCCCAUCCGAACCUCUACCAAACCUCCGCCUACUCUGUCCCGACACUUUCCAGUCCCCCUGUCCAAACGAUGCCGACCUACUACGUCUCGAGCUCGACUCCGCACCAACAGAGUACGCGCUCGCGUUCCCGGUCCAGGCACAGUGCCCAGCCCAUCGUGUACACCACUAGCAGCAGCAGUCAUCGCCAGCAUUCCUCGCCGCGCGACUAUGCAGACUCCGGCAGGCGCCGCCGGGCAAGCAGUGUCGGUCACGGUGGGCACUACUACACGCCCUCGGACCGUUCGCCGCGUCAUCGCAGCAGCAGCCGUUCACCGCGCCAUCGCAGCAGCAGCCGUUCACCGCGGGUGGUAAUUCACACCACUUCUUCGCCCGGUCACCAUGACCCCCGCCGCUCCCAUUCUACCUCGCGGCACCCCUCCAACGCACAAUACCUGGAUGCCCGCCAUGACAGUCAUGGUGGUCGCCGUCCGAGCGUAUCCUACAGCGACUCCGGGUACCACCACCCCCCUUCCCACUCACACACUCACCAUCGCCGCAACUCCGACUCACUUGGUGAGCGGUUCCGCCGCUGGUUCGGCGGAUUUGGCCAACACAGCUCGUCGCGCGGCACUGAAUAUGUCGACACGCGCACUGGUCGGACCGUCGACCGGUCUGGCAGACCUGUUUACAGGGUUUGACCCACGAUUAUACUUCAUGACACUGUCUGGAACAGCUCGUGAUGUAGACCUUACGACAAACGAGCCUGACGUACCUUCACGCUUCUGUUCAUUGCAUUCUCCUAAUAUGCCACCUUCUAUAUGUACCUUUGUACUACUACGUACCCUAUGCUCCUCGUCUGGUAGCUCUCCCAUUCAAACGUUCAGCUCCGGAACCCUAUCCUCUCGAUAUCCUGUACCAUCGAACGAGUUGACGAGUCUGCUAGUAAUCAAACUGAAAGAUU